UUUAACAGGAACUACAGGGGACUCAUUGGACUGGUCUGUAUACUCGUUGGUGAUUUCGGUGGUCCUUGGGCGCCCAAGAAUACCACUCUUUCUCAUUGAGGGAACCAAAGCAUGUAAAUGCUUCAUACAUAUAAAGAAUCUCUUCGCGGCCUCCGUAUGCUCGCGGAUUCUUCACAUUUAAUCGAAUUAGAGAUGCCAUAGGACCGCUACCAUCUUUACCUUCCUAUUUACAACAAUUUCAACGGAGCACUAAAGAUGGUGUCUAACAAGAAACGCCUUUACGUCGCUCUCUAUCCUAGUGGUGUCGGAAACAAUGAAGAGCGCAGGUACCACUGGGGCUUUCUGGUCGGGCCUAAAGUCGAAGGCGAACACCCCGUCAGAGGCAUGCACUACCACGUCAAAAACCCUGUGGCCCUCGGCUGGGUAUACGAGGAGGUUGAGUUACCCGAUGUACGCAACACAAACAACCUACUCGUUCGCGUUCUCGUCGCCAAGAUUAUAGAUGAGGAACGUCUGGCAAAUAUAUUCCGAGAGGUGCCUGUUGUGCAAGAUGACCCUGAUUGGAGGGGUCGCACCUGGGUCGCAAAUGCGUUGAGAGCGUUAAGGGAGGACGGUAGAGCCGUGGGUAGAGCAGUACUAGAUUGGGGAGAGAUUGAAACUGUCGCGAGGCAGUAUGCGGGGGAAAAGACGGAGGGUGGUCGCUUUAGAGACGUUACACUGACUGACUUGCCGAGGCCUACGUGGGAUAUGUUGGAAGGCAGGGAGAUUGUGCCUUAGGACGAAUCAGAGUAAGUUCGGAAUGAUGGCUGAAGG